GGCGCCGAGUGGUUAUCAUCUGGAAACACAAAAACAAAGUCGAGCACUUGAUAAGGAAACCGAGAAAUAUGAGACCUCGCCAAAACAAUAACAAUAGCAAUAACAGCAGCGAAAUGGAUAAGUCGGUUCGCCAGUUCGGAGUAACAGCGUCCAAAAGCCAGUGAUCGACGAAGCGUGCGCUACGAAACAUGUCAGCGCCUUCAAAUGUCGCGUCAAAAUCAGCAGGAGCUCCUCAGGAUUCGGAAUCCCCAGGGGAUUCAGGGUCAGGAUCACCCGCCUACAUUGCCGCCUUGGAUGUGGGCACCACCUGUGUGAGGUGCUUCGUGCUGGACGAGCGAUGUGUGGUCAGGGGAUCGGCGGUGGAUGCCGUGGAACUACUGAACCCACAGCCGGGCUAUUUCGAAAUCGAACCGGAGAGCUUGUGGCGUAAAAUUGUGAAUGUUAUAAGUCGGGCGGUAAAGGAGGCCAAGCUGACGCCCUUGGAAAUCACUUGCAUGACCAUCUCCACUCAGCGCUGUACCUUUCUUACCUGGGAUCACCGCAGUGGCGAGUACUACCACAAUUUUAUCACCUGGAAGGACCUGCGCGCCGAUGAACUGGUGGAGCAGUGGAAUGCUAGCUGGACGAAGAGCUCCAUGAAUUGGUUUUCGUAUGCCUUAUUCCUAGUCACCCGUCAAUCGAGAUUCCUCGCAGGAAGUGUCCUUAAACUGAUGAAUGGCCAAGUCACGCCAAGACUGCUCUUUGAGAUAAUGCACAACAAGAAAUUAAAACAAGCUCUGAUACAGCAAAAGGCUCGUGUGGAGCUCCUGGACUCGUGGAUCCUGCACAAACUAAAAACUGGCAGCAGCCGUGAUAAGGAUGUAGAGCACAUAACCGAUGUAACCUCAAGUACGGCGACGGGCUUGUACGAUCCCUUCACGCUCAGCUGGUCUCCUCUUAUAAGUUGGCUCUUUGGCAUUAACUCCAAAAUCCUGCCGCGUGUGGUUGACAAUGCCUACAGGGGUUUCGGGCAAGUGCAUCCAACUGCCUUGGGUCCAGAUUGGGCCAACACAAAGAUUCCCAUUGCAGCUUCUCUUAGUGAUCAAACGGCUGCCAUGUGGGGUUCACAGUGUUUCAAGAAUAACGACGUCAAGGUAACCAUGGGCACAGGAGCGUUUUUGAAUCUGAUCACGGGCGACCGGUGUCAUGCUGCCAUCUCUGGAAUGUACCCCCUGGUUGCGUGGCAGAUCAAAAGCCAAGCGAAGCACCAAGGAGCCGUCUACUGCAUCGAGGGAGCCUCCCAUGACUUUGGCACCGUAGUUACCUGGGCGCAAUCCUGCGAGCUCUUCGAGAAUCCUGCGGAUACAUCAGAUAUUGCAGAGUCUGUUUCAGACACAAAUGGUGUAUUUUUUAUGCCCGCCUUCAGUGGCCUGGGGCCCCCGGUGAACGACUAUCGGUCGGCAAGUGGCUUCAUUGGCCUCAGUCCAUCUACCACAAAAGCCCACAUGGUUAGGGCCCUGCUCGAGAGCAUAGUCUUUCGCCUGGUGCAACUAAUCGAGUCUGCUGAAAAUGAAACCUCUCAAAAGCUUCAAAUGAUUAGGGUUGAUGGCGGCGUCUCCCGCAAUGACUUCGUCUGCCAAUUCCUUGCCGAUCUCAGCCAGCUGAGUGUAGAGCGCGCCGAGAACGCAGAGAGCAGCAUAAUGGGCGCCACAUUUAUGGCUGGCAUUAACCACGGCAUUUGGCGCAAUGUGGAGGAUCUCAAGUGUUUCCGGCAGGUGGAACGGGUCUUUGAACCGCGCGCCAAGGAAUACGACACCGUAGCCAACCGGAUGGACAAGUGGGUCCAAGCAAUAGCUCGUUUCAGCGAGUGGUACUAGUUUGUGUAUGUUACACUUUAAUUGUUUGUAUGUCUUAAGCGCUACGGUCAUUAAAUACUUAGAAGGCUA